AAGACGUCAGAGGAAUAAAGUCAUUCAGAAUCACUGAAGGUGUACAGCAUAAAAGGGCCGGUUUUCUCAUCACCUAAAAUGGCAACCAGGAGGGACCACGAAAAGGCAAAAAUGCCGUAUUUCUGCAAGUACUCACACUGGAGUUAAGCACCUGAGGGACAAAUUAGGUGGUUUUGUGAAUAUAUUGUCCAAUAUCUGGUGAUAUCUGGCCUACCCAUCCACAGCCUAUAUUCACUUGGCUGUAAUAAUGAUGUCAUAAAAUAAAUGAGGAGUCAGUUUACAAAAAUAUAUUCAUGUGAUUUUUGUCAACGACAAUGUGAACUAUAUUCCAAAAAUUGACCUUUAAUUACGCAUUCUUAACUCACCUAAGACUCACUGAAUAACAGGUGCCUGCUAUCUGUCAAAGCAGGAUCAACCAACCUGUGCGCCCUUUGCUACAAUUUGCUACUUUCCAUUGUCCUACACGAGUCGUCGCUAAAGGGAUUAUAUCAUUCACUCAGAACUGAAUUUACACCCUUCUCAAAAUGGAGUUUGCCAUGAUAGGUGCAGAUAAUGGGUGCAAAACUCGACUGCCUUACGGGUAUGCUCGCGCACGGGAAAGGGAGCACGAAAGGGAGAGACAGGUACAGCAGGCAACAGCCGCUGCGGAAGGUGCAGCAAGUGGAGAGGGAGGGGAGUCCUCUGGCCAUCUCCUUAACAACCACCAGCAGCAUCAGUCUCGCACCGCCUCCUCAUCAAAUGCCAACAACAGUAGCGGCAGUACCGCCUCGCGCCCCUCCUCCUCGCAACAGCCACAGCAGCACUACCAUGAGUCCGAGCAGCAGGUUCUCAGAGAAAGGAAAAAGCAACGCGGCGUAGGACGUUGGAGAAGGAGUCGCCAGACUCUCGGUGGGGAUUUGCGCCACUCGGAGUUGGCGCUACUUGGAUCAGAGGAGGAUAUGAUAGAGGAGGACGAGGCGGAAGGCGGGGAAGAGGAGGACAGGGGAAGCAAGAGUUCCAGUUUUCUCUGUAAUAUGGAUGAUGAAGAGACUGUCUCACUCACAGACAGACGUCCCCAAUCAGGAUACGCAAAUGUUUACAGUGAAUAUGGGAGCAGCGAAAGAGUUGUUAUUAAUGUGUCCGGACUAAAGUUUGAAACUCAACUUAAGACUCUCACACAGUUUCCUGACACUCUUUUGGGAGACCCGGACAAACGAAUCAGGUACUUCGACCCUCUAAGGAAUGAAUAUUUUUUUGACAGGAACCGACCAAGCUUCGACGCUAUUCUUUAUUAUUACCAGUCAGGGGGGCGACUGAAGAGACCCCAAAAUGUACCUUUUGACAUCUUCUCUGAGGAGGUGAAAUUCUAUGAACUCGGAGAGGAGGCAAUACUGAAGUUUCGGGAGGAUGAGGGUUUUGUCAAAGAGGAAGAGAAACCCUUACCAGAGGACGAGUUCAAACGCCAAGUUUGGCUUCUUUUUGAAUACCCAGAGAGCUCACAACCUGCGAGAGGGAUUGCAGUCGUGUCCGUUUUAGUCAUCGUUAUAUCAAUAGUCAUUUUCUGUAUGGAAACGUUGCCAGAGUUCAGGGACGAAAAAGAAUACCUUAAACCACGAGACAAUUCGACAGAACCUCAUGGACAGACUCCUUUUAACGACCCUUUUUUCAUUGUGGAGACGGUAUGCAUUAUUUGGUUUUCAUUUGAGAUUAUAGUGCGCUUCUUUGCAAGUCCAAGUAAAACGGAUUUCUUUAAAAACAUUAUGAAUACUAUAGACAUUGUAUCCAUUUUGCCUUAUUUCAUCACGCUCGGCACAGAUCUUGCUCAACAGCAAGGCAAAGGGGACCAGGCAAUGAGUUUUGCAAUAUUGAGAAUAAUCCGCCUUGUCAGAGUCUUUCGCAUCUUUAAACUCUCCAGGCACUCCAAAGGACUGCAGAUCCUCGGACAUACCCUCCGCGCCAGUAUGAGGGAACUAGCGCUUCUGAUUUUCUUCCUCGUUAUUGGUGUUAUUUUGUUCUCAAGUGCAGUGUACUUCGCUGAGGCAGACGAACCCGCGUCUCAAUUCACAAGUAUUCCCGACGCUUUUUGGUGGGCUGUCGUCACAAUGACCACGGUCGGAUAUGGAGACAUGAAACCAAUUACUGUCGGUGGCAAGAUAGUGGGCUCGCUCUGUGCCAUAGCGGGUGUGUUAACCAUAGCUCUUCCAGUGCCCGUCAUUGUAUCCAACUUCAAUUACUUCUACCACAGGGAGACUGAUAAUGAAGCAGACCCACCACCGGUUGUUGAAGCCCCACCACCUGUCUGCCCCUAUUUCCCAAACUUUCUUAAAAAAUUCAAAGGGUCCCCCUCGGGCUCUUCGCUGGGUGAUAAAGCGGAGUACAUGGAGAUGGAAGAGGGGGUAACGGAGUCGCUGUGUGGGGUGGACAAAAGCCCGAGUAAAGGAAACGGGACAGACAUUGGCAGGAAAAACAGUACAAGUUCAAAGUCACAACAAACUGACGUGUGAUGACAAAACAACAACAUUAUUCUCGUGAAGAAAGAUAUGCUGUCAUAUCACACACACAUAGGUGGUCCGACUCACACAAGUGCGCACUUGCGCGCAUGCACACACACACACUUUAUAUUUAGCUAGACCUUGGGAAGCUCAAACAUGGUGUUUUAUUCUGCUUAGAGGAAUAUAGGCCUACGGAUUUAUAACUAUUAUGACCAAUGUAAUCCGAUGAUAUCAGAUACAGGCUACAUAUCUGGGCCUCGUAAAUCUACAAAUGAAAUCGAAAAUAUGUAAGGGACAGGCUAAAGCAUAUGCACUUUAUCAGUUUCAUUUGUCAAUAAUGGAUGGGGAGAUGUAGUUAUUGUUUUGCUGUUAUGCGAUAAAGUCCAAGUUUAUAGUAGGCCUAGUUUGCACUAUUGUAAAAGCUUGUUUGAGACGCUGACUUUCAAGAGAGAUAGACUUGGAAGUUGUGCUGAGAGACAGGAACUGUAGGACAUAUGGCAACCUAGACACCCUUUGUCUGACAUAAUGAGCAUUGAGAUGUUUUUAUUCUGAACAAUAAUGAAUUCGUAUUGCGUUUCAGUGUAGGUCUAACCCCUCUGUGUACACAAUAAAAUAAUCAUUCAAUAUCGAUCGGAAACAUUGAAAUAGCUAAAUCAUUUGUGAGAUUCUUGAGUAAAUGAGCAUGAUGCCUAUUUUGGCAGCACACUGAGGUCAACAAGGGAGACGCUUGGCAAACAACAUUCUUUGCAACGAUCAGGACAAAAUGAAGCCUUCUAUUGACCGAACACCGAGGUGAAGCACAGGAGUUCCACUAGCUACUCUGCAGACUGACAUGAGAAAUUGCUCCACACUGGCUGUCACGAGAGGUCCUGCACGGGAUAUCUUGCGCCACUACAACUCCGUCCCUUUAAAACCACCUCAAACUAACUGACAAUAUCCCUUUACACGGACGUUGACUGAAGCUUAUUUGGGGGAAAAAUGACUGUCAUCAUGGAAACUUUGGGUUUGUGAACUUAAUCUCUUAUUCGUUGGACAGUGCACAUUUCUCUAAAAUGAGAAAGGAAGGUCUGUUGGUCAUCCCAGAAAGCACCAAGAUCUCCAGCAGGCCGUUGUUUUCCAAGUGCUGUCAGUUGAUGGCUUAGGAGAGGAUGUGCUGGCUGGUACUCUUGGAAUUGUCAGAGAAAGAGCAAAUAUUAUGACUGGUCAUCUGGGGUGAGACAACGGACAUCGAUAACCACAGAUCUACUACAAGAGUGAACCCAGCGAUCGGACAUCGGAAGUUUGAAUGGACAAAUUAGACAUUGGGAGACUAUACGGAGUGCACAAGGAACGAAAAUCUUUCCUAGUAAACCUGGAGGCAGGGAAAUGAGUAAGUCAUGUCCCAAAUGAUUGCCUUAAUUAUUACAUAUAUACCUAUAUAUGAAGUGAUGAAACUAGAGACUUAUCCGAGUUCAAAUAUGUUUUUCUUUAUGUGUGAAACAGUGUCUUGUAAGGAAGAGAUGUGAAUAUUUUAAUAAGAUAGAGAAAAAUUGUUUGGUUGUAAUGUCGACAAUGUUUUAGUUGGGUCUGCUUUGUAGGUGUCAUUGAUAACCAAAUGGUGGAGUUGCUCUCUGCUUACUUGCAGCCAGCAGAAUGAGUCAAUCUAUUUUUAUCUCGUUUCGUAUUGUCAACCAAAAUAAGGCUGGCUUGAGGCGGAGCUGCUCGCUCAGCUACCAGCUACAAUGUCUUUCAAUUCACAACAUCAUGUUAUGACAACCAUAUUACAAUUCAGAAAGGAGUAGGGAUUCAAAAAUGAGACAAAAUGACUCAAUAUACAUGAAACAUAUCUGAUUAUUUUUCUCCUCUAUUUUUCACAUACUGUAAGCAUCUGGUCACACACUCUCAAACACAAAAGAUGUCAUGUACGCACACACGUACGCACGCACUCGCUCACGCACGCACGCACGCACGCACGCACACACACACGCGCGCACACACACACACACACACACACACACACACACACACACACACACACACACACACACACACACACACACACACACACACACACACACACACACACACACACACACACACACACACACACACACACACACACACACAGAAUGAUCUACCGAAGUGACACAAAGGGUUUUCCCUACGAUGCAAAUUGUAUUAUGUUAGUGAUAGAAUUGAUCAGCUGCUUUGUUGACGCAAACCUCGAUCCAUUUGAAGUUAACUGUAUGCAAAGUAACAUGGAAGUGUGUUAUAUAUAUUUUUUUAAACCUAGCCUUGACUAUAUUACUUAACCAAAGUUUAAACCCUGAUUUUAUUGUACGUGGUGGACACUUCCUCUGGAGAUGUCAUGAAAAUAGAUACACAUUGAAUAGAACAUAUAUGUACAUAUGCUGAUGUUUAUAUUUACGUGUCCUACGAUGUGUCGCAAAUCAUGACAUUCGAGACAAUUCUAUUUAGUUUGACUGUUAACAAUGUUCAGAUCUUCAGAAGUCAUGUUCCAUUUUUAUUUACAUGAACAUUGAACAUGUUGUGGAUGCUGCUCCAACAAGAUCCAUGAUUUUCCACUUCAAUUUGAGUUUUUUUUGACAAAUGGGCUAUUUCUUCUUUUUUUUGUGCUGUUCUCAUAUAACUGCUCGUAGAAAAUCCGCCCACUCUCUUUAGGCCUGCUUUCAAAGACACAGAUUUGUAUGCACUGCUUGCUUGUUGCAGCGUUGUCAGACAAAUCAAGUGUUUGCUUUUUUAAAACAUAAAUGCCAUCUUAUGUUUAUCCCCAUCCUUCUUACAUUCAGUCAACAGCCAAGAACUUAGUAAUGCUCGCUCCUGGGCGUACUGUCUAUUAUUGUGAGGUCGGCCCAUGAUGACUGUGCUUUAGAGCAUCAACUACACAGAGUUCUUUCUUUUUUUUAUGUUACUGAAAGGGGUGGAACCUAAUAUUUUAUACUGUAUUAUUUGCAUAGGCAAUGUACUGCAAUGUACUGCAUUUCUAUAUUCUCUUCCAGAAAAAGAAAACUAACAUAUUUCAUUGUACUGUCUGAAAAGACAUAGAUCACUCCCCCCCCCCACACACACACACACACCACCACUCUACCAAUAUGUGUCUAUUUUUAUUGGUUAUGAUAUAUCCCUCUAUUACAAAAUAGUUAGAGGGCUGUAGUCAAGAUUUUCCUCAAUAGUCAGAAAACCUUAUCAAACUUACCAUGCUAGCGUCUGCUAAAAUUGACUUGGUUAUCAAAUUCUUAAGCAUCAUUGGGCUAUUUACCCUUGAUCGCAGAAAGAGUAAGCGCUGUCUAUUCCCUGAUCCCAUAGUCCCAUUGUUCUACAUUUUGAAGCAAACACAAAGCGCAUGCACAUUCUGAAAAUUGAUGUCUAUCAAUAAGUGUAUAAGUUUAAAUCUAAAUCCCUCAGCAAUUAAUGGUAUAAUUUAGUGUGCCUGGCAAAGAGUUGCUGUGUCUUGCCAUAGUUAAGCUAAACUACUCUGGAUUCCCAAAUUGUAGUUGAAUAAGCAGUAACUUAAGGGAAAACAAAGAGAAAGAUGUAUCUUUCAAAAUCAAGUUUUUUCAGUAUAUUACGAUGUUGCUAUACUGUUAGAUACUGUAUACUGUUAGAUACUGUAUACUGUUAGAUACUGUAUACUGUUAGCAAAGCUGACCUUCUUCCUAGUUAACUACCCAAUGCGUAGUACAACUCCGAAGUGGUGGCUUCUUUUGAAAAUAUCAGUCAGUGUUAUGUUCCGGCCUAAAGCACUUUGCAUAAUGAUGAGAAUAUUUAAAAAAUCCAAAAAACAUUAUAAGUAAUUGGUAUAGCCUGAGUACCCAACAAUGAUAUUUGACCACAUUAUGGUAACAUAUUAUGGUAAUGGCCUAAUUGUGAUUGGACUGAACUGAAAAGACAAAGUCAAAGAAAAUUAUUUUUACAAUGCCGUAAUAUCAAAGAUGGGGCUUAGCCCUGUCUACAGUAUCUAUGUGUAUCCUUAGUAUAGAUAUGAGGCCUGCUUCAAGGUGUGACUAGUUACAGUGAAAAGGUCCAAAAAAUGUACAACUACCUGGUCUGUCUUUGAACACUAACCUGGGCCCGUACUCACAUAAAGUGUCUCAGAGUGCUGAUCUAGGAUCAGUUCCGCUGUCCAGGUUAUCUUAUUCAUGGUAAUAUAAAAGGCAAAACUGAUCCUUUAUCAGCACUCCUUCUCUGACGCACUUGAUACAUACAGCCCCAAGUAUGACAAAUGCAUACAAAUCAAAUCAAGUUCCUCACUUCAAAAUCAUUACAAAGACAUGUUUAUACAUUUGAAAGUAGUGCCUUCUUAGGUAUAGACGUGGGAGCUGCUAAGGGUCCAUAGUAUAUAUAAAUAUAUUUUUUGUGCACACGCUUCAUAGUCAACAGGUGUAGGCUAAGAGUGAAACGCUUACACGCGGGUUCAUUUCCAACAACGCCGAGUUAAAGAUUUUUAAAAAAUGUAAUACGACAUUUAAAUAGUGACACGAGGAAUUAAUACACAGUGAAUAACAAAUCAAAAUCAAAAGUAAAAGUAACAGGGAUAUAUACAGGGAGUACCAGUACCGAGUCGAUGUGCAGAGGUACGAUGUAAUUGAGGUAGUGUGUUGUACAUAUAGGUAGGGGCAAAUUGACUAGGCAGCCGGAUAGAUAACUCACAGUAGCGGCAUGCGUAUGUGGUGAGUGUGAAAGUGUGUGUGUUACGUCAGUAUGCAUGUGUGUGCAUGUUAUGUGUAUGUGUGGGCGUAUUUAGGAUGUGUGUGUGUGUUUGUUACUGUAAUAUGUUUCAGCCAUGGAAUCAUUGUACCAUCACUAAGUACGUUUACCGUGAACAUCCACAUGGAAAUGGCAUGGGUUAUUCUUCUGUUAAAAUGUAACUCAAUGUUAAUGCAGUCCGCGUAUGUGUGUGUAUUUGAACCAUUCAUUUUCAUGAACACUGGAGGGUCAUUAAAGGGAGUGAAAUCAAAAUGGAACUUGAUAUUAAAACAACUCCGUUGAAGUGUAUUUAAGGAAGUGUAUAAUAUUUUUACAGUCCAAAUGUGAUAAAGUGCCCAUGUUUUGGUCAGCCUUGCUUUUCUUCUGCAUGAUGCUUUGUUUUUGAAAAGUGCAUCCUAAUAUGAGAUGUUUGUAUUCUUUUCUUGCGGUUACUUCCUGUCUGUGUACUCCCUUUGGAGCUCGUUCAUUUCCUACUUAUAUAUUUUUUUGUUAAAUCUUCAGACUUUUUGAUUUUCUACAUUAAUAUCAUUUUUGUAGGCAGCAAUAUGAGACGUGAUCAAACGGAGUAUGUGCAAUGUUGAAUAAAGAAAAAAAUAAUAUAUGAAAUAAAAAACGACUGCGAGAGUGACUCGAAGGUA